AUGUGCCGACGCCCCCGAGUGUGCCGCGCUGAUGGCCGAGCUGGGCGACAUCUUCCUCGCCUUUCCCGGUGCCGAAAGCGACGCGGCCGACGUGCUCAAUGCCGCGAGGGAGCGCGGGGCCGCGGUGAUUCCAGUUGCCGCAAACGCGUCCUCGGCACGGCCCUGGUUUGUCAACGAGGAGAGCAGUGGGCUUGCCUGCGGGAUUCGGACUCUCCUGAGUCCAAGGUGGCAGCCGCCUGCGCCGCUGCCCUUACCAGCUACGACGUCCACCGGAAGGCGGUGACUGAGCCUGAGCAGUGCGAUGAGCUGUGCUAUGUGGACCCCGACGCCGAGAGGUGGGCGCAACUGGCGGAGGUGGCUCAUGAAGAGGUGCCCGAUGUGAAGAAGGGCAACGUGCGCCUGCAGGGCAACUUCCUUGGCACGGCCACCACCCACACGCACCAGAUGGACCUCAACAUUGGCGUGAACAUGGAAAUGCCCUCGCAGGUGGCUGCGAAGACCAUGAAGCUGCUGACCAACGCCGGCCUGGUGCCAGAGACGCAGGCGAUGCUGGAUGGGGGGUCCAAGCGCUCCAUCUUCGGCGCCCUGGCGGACUACUUCCGAAAAGACUCCACGCAGGACAUGACCGACGAUGUGUCUUCCAUGAUCAUGAACAGCGUGCAGAUGAAGCUGGACGAUGUUCAUGCGAGCUACGAGAAGCAGCAGAAGGAACUGCAGCAGGCGUUGGAGAAGUCGCAGGCGGAGGCCUCCAGCUUGGCCGACAAGCUGAAGGAGAUCCAGGAGCGCGAUGAGCAGAACCUGGAUACCUCUUUGAACCAGGAGCCAUCGGAAGCGCAGAAGGUUGGGCAGAUGCCGGAGCAUCAGAACGGUGAUGCGAAGAUCGCGGAGCUCACAACCCAGGUGAGGGAUCUGGAGGCGGCGCUCCAGCGGCACUGCGCGGAGCUGGAGGUGAUUCACACGCAGGCGGCCAAGGACUCGGCCGCGCGGGGGCAUGUGGAGAACGCGUUGCAGGAGGCCCAGCAAAAGCUGCAGGCGGCGGAGCAGGAGGCGCAGGCCAAGCACUCGGAGCUCAGCGAGCUGAAGACGGGCCACGCCCGGAUCUCCGGUGAGCUGGAGUCUUUGAAAGCCCUGCCGCCACCGCUGGACGCAGAGGAGGUGCGUGCAGAGCUGCAGGCGAGCCAGAGGCAGUGCGAAGGGCUUCAGCAGAAGCUGACCUUGACGGAGGCCAUGUGCCGUGACGCCACCCGCCGGGCAGAGGAGACCUGGAGGCUCAGGUCUCGAAGCUCACGGGCGAACAGGCGCAAGCCGAGGCCCAGGCCGCCGAGGCGUCGCGCCUUGGGGCCGAGGCGGCCGCGGAGUGCAACAAGCUGCGAGUGGAAAACCAAGAGAUCCGGGAGGCCCUGA